AUGGCCUCCUGCCCAGAUUCGGACAAUAGCUGGGUGCUGGCCGGCUCAGAGAGCCUGCCUGUGGAGACCCUGGGCCCAGGGUCCACGAUGGCCCCAGACCCACAGAGCGCUCCCCCGGCCCCUCGGAACCCCCCCAAGGCAGAUGGUGAGGAGCCAGCUGGGACUGCGGAUGGAGAAGAGACCCUCCCCGAGCAGGACAGCUCCCAGCCCGGCGCCACGCCGCCAGAGGAAGCAGAGGCCCAGGACGGCCCGGAAGGCGAUGGUGAUGUCACGGAGCUCCCUGGCUCCGGAGACACGGUGGCCCUGGGAGACGUGGAGGAGACCCCCGAGGUGGCAGACCUGGGACCCGACACCCGGGACCCGGAGGACCAGAGCUUCCCGCAGAGCCCGCCCUCACCUCCCGGUGCAGCGUGGACCGUGGAGGCGGCGCGCUGCACCAGCAGCGAGGAGGACACGGACGCCGACUUGGAGGGCCUGCGGCGGCGCCGGCACGGGCGGGAGCCCGGCGCCCCUCCGCCCGAGGGGCCCCUGUGUGCGGAGGCCGCGGCCGGCGGCCCGGGUGUAAGCGGGGAGCCGGGCAUCUCCCUCAACAUGUGCCUCCUCGGGGCCCUGGUCCUGCUGGGCCUGGGCAUCCUCCUCUUCUCAGGUGGCCUCUCGGAGUCUGAGAACGGGGCCCUGGAGGAGGUGGAAAUGCAGGUCUUUCCAGAUGCUGAGGUGGACCACAGGAUGGCGGAUGCUGCGGGGGACGGGCAGGACGGGCGAAGGCAGCAGCCGCAGGCCUCAGCGCCCCCUGACGGUGCCCCCAGCCUGCAGAACAUGGGCCUCCUGCUGGAUAAGCUGGCCAAGGAGAACCAGGACGUCCGGCUGCUGCAGGCCCAGCUGCAGGCCCAGAAGGAAGAGCUCCAGAGCCUGAUGCAGCAGCCCAACGUGCUGGAAGCGGAGAACGCCCAGCUCCGGGGGGCCCUGCAGCACGGCGAGGCCUCCCAGAGGGCCCUGGAGUCCGAGCUGCAGCAGCUGCGGGCCCGCCUGCAGGGCCUGGAGGCCGCCUGCCUCCGGGGAGAGGACGGGGCGUGCCUCAGCCAGGGCCGAGGCCCGCAGGGCAGCCGGGCCCCCAAGGAGCCGGGCCCUCCGGGGCAGGAGCCGGGCCCUGGCUUCCUGGAGCAGAAGGAGCGGCUGGAGGCCGAGGCCCAGGCGCUGAGGCGGGAGCUGGAGAGGCAGCAGCGGAUCCUGGGGUCGGUGCAGCGGGACCUGGAGCAGAGCCUGAGGGAGGCAGGCCGCGGGGACCCGGCUCACGCCGGCCUCGCCGAGCUGGGCCACCGGCUGGCCCAGAAGCUGCAGGGCCUGGGGGCCUGGGGCCAGCACCCGGGGGUCCCUGGCAAUGCCUCCUCAGAAGCUGGGAGCCAGGAGUCCCCCUUCCAGAGUCCCAGAGAGCGGGGUGGGAAGGAGAGGUGGCGGGGCGGGCCCGGGGACCGGCAGGCUGAGCCCUGGAAGCGCAGGAUGGAGGAGUCCGGCCGGGAGCGGAGGGAGAGCUGGCGGGGCAAGGAGGACAGGGGGGGCAAGGAGGACAGGGGGGGCAGGCCAAGGGCGGAGGAGCAGGGCCGGGACAGGAAGCGGCAGGGCCCCAAGGAGCCCCCCAGGAAACACGGAGAAAAACAGAAGCACCCUCAGGGGAAGGAGGGGGCUGAAGGCCGGCAGGGCCCUCCGCCGGCCUGGGCAGAGCUGUCCAGGCACAAGUACCGGGCACCGCAGGGCUGCACGGGCGUGCGGGAGUGCGCCCGGCAGGAGGGCCUGGCCCUCGGCGGCGCGGAGCUGGCCCCGGUGCGGCGGCAGGAGCUGGCCUCCCUGCUCAGGACCUACCUGGCGCGGCUGCCCUGGGCCGGGCCGCUGGCUGAGCAGCUGCCCCUCUCGCCCGCGUACUUCGGGGAGGACGGCGUCUUCCGCCACGACCGCCUGCGCUUCCGCGACUUUGUGGACGCCCUGGAGGACAGCCUGGAGGAGGCGGCCGAGAGGCAGACCGGCGACGACGACGAGGUGGACGACUUCGAGGACUUCAUCCUCGGCCACUUCUUUGGGGACAAGGCCCUGAGGAAGAGGUCAGGGAAGAAAGACAAGCACGUCCCGAGCCCCAGGCCCAUGGGGCCCAGGGAGGAGCCGAGCCACCACCGCAGAGGCUGA